GAGAGAGAGUAACUAACAACACGUUAAAUCAAGCCCAUCGAACCCAAUGCAUAUAAGAUGAAGCCCAAGGACAACCGCCCUUUUGUUGCUAUAAAACGAUCAAAAGGCAUAGCUAUAGGUUAACUUCGCUUUGCAUCAAACAAACUUUCCUACUAGCGAUUCUUCUCUACACUCUGCGAUUCCAAGCUUUCUCAAUUCACCAACAUGUCAAAGAUUAUCAACUUUGAAGAAGGAUGGGGUUUUAUCCAGCAAGGUAUCAAGAAACUCAAGAAUAAUCUAGAAGGCUUUCAUGAGACUCAGUUCACUGCUGACGAUUACUCGUUGCUAUAUACAACCAUCUACCGUAUGUGCAGUCAAAAGCUUCCUCAUGACUAUUCCAUGAUCCUGUAUGACAAGUAUAAGGAAGUGUUUGAAGAGUAUAUCAAAUCAACUGUUCUGCCAUCAUUGAGAGGAAAGAAAGAUGAACUUUUGUUGAGAGAACUGGUCCAAAGAUGGUCAAAUCAGAAAACUAUGACCAGGUGUCUCUCAAGGUGUUUUCAUUAUCUUGAUAGAUACUUCAUCAAAAGAAGAGGGCUUAAUUCUCUUGAAGAAACUGCUUUCUUAUCCUUCUAUAACUUGGUAUAUGUUGAGAUGCAUCACCAAGUAAUGCAGACAAUAAUAGCUAUGAUUGAUCGGAAGCGGGCAGGAGGGCCUAUUGAUGAAAUAUUGAUUAACAAUGCAUUGAAUUUCUACUCAGAGAUUGGAGAUAGAACAGGAAAAACUGAUCCAAAACACUUUGCGGAAACAUUCAUUAAAGAAAAUGCAGCUAUUUAUUCUAUGUCGAGGCUGCAAAUUGAAUAGCAAAGUUUACUAUCUUAGAAUUGAAAGUAAAACGAUUGCUAAUCUAUUUUCCCUUUUAUUAUACUAGAUACUAAGUGAGAAAUUGAAAGGAUACACAUGAUUGCUACUUUGCGUGGCCAGAUAUAUUUUACUCGUUUUUAGACAGUAGAUUACCUUUCAUAUAUUCUGCUCUCCUCUACUGUGAUAACAAGUUGAGAAAUUACAUGCUCAACUUGUUUGCUGAAUGCCAAUUUUCAGCAUUAACCAGCUUGCCAACUAGCAUGUUGGGGUAUUGGAUGGGUUAGUUAUUGUUUUAUAGUUUGGGUAAUUUGAUUUUUGUUAUUUGUGUUUUCUGUUCUACCUCUGUUUAUUAUCAUUAUUAUUUUUGCUAAAU